AUGCCAGAAUAUAUCAAACAAGUUGCCAUCACUGGAGAUAUUUCCACAAUUGGAACUGAUGAUGAUCUGAUUCGAGCUUGGUGUUCUGAAGUUGCGAAGGAAAUAUACGAACAAAAGUGUGAAUUUGCUGUCGUUCAUGUUCAAGGACUUCAUUCAGCAGAGAAUCCUGAUUAUGCAGCAAGAGUUAUUUGUGGAUGCAUCACUGACAAUCCGGAAAUCUACAGAGCUUUCGAUAGUUCAAUCGCUUUCUUCGACACUAAACUAACUGGUCUCGGAAACUUGUACCUGUUCAAGGAUCAUUCGGAAGUUCAGUAUUAUGAUAGAUUCUCAUCAACUGGAUAUAUCAAUCUUCGUUCAGGACAUCAACAUUCCAUUGGAAACAAAGAAUGCGAUGGAUUCAUUCAGAACACUUUUGGACAGAGCUACACUUUCAGAAGAGAUUUUUAUAAUGAUGAUGGAAGUCGUGAUUUGGCAAAUCAGAGAACAGGAUUCUUGCUGGCUCGGUUCCGUAUUCAUGGAAAAGAAGUGACGUUCGUGAAUCUGAAUCUUCAUUCUGUUCCUUUUGAAGACGUGAAUGAGAUCGCUACGAAGAAUGCAUCAAUCACGAAGGCAGCUGCAAAAAGAGAAGAUCAAAUCGAAAUGUUGUUGAAAGAGCUAGACGAGGAAGGUCUUCGUAAUGAUGCUAUUCUUGUGGCCGGAUCUUUCAAUUCUCAACUUCAUGAAACAGAUCUUCUGAACUAUCUGGCCAAGACUCAAAUGGUCCAGACAGUUGCGAAGAAAGAUGAAGAUGGAAAUGUAGAAUCAAUCGAACAUGUGGAUAGACAUGGUAGAAGAACCACAACUGUUGAGAGAACUCGAUUUGAUUUACAUUCGAUUCAUGAUUGGUUCUUCCGUUUGGGAAGAGGUCAAAUGGUCAAAAGAUAUAAUGGAGAGUUGGCAAAUAUCGCAUUCAAGGGGAAUUUGAAAGAAGAAACUUGCUUCUUCCAACCAUCUCGUCAUUAUGAACUGAAUGAGAAAGGAAAAGAAGAGUUCCAAAGAACUCUCUGCCCAGCAUGGAGUGACAGGAUCAUGUACAAUGAUAGGAUGAAUGAUUUAUUCAGACAUGAUUCAUUCUGUGCAUCUGGUCUCUACUACGGUCUUGUUGCCGAAGAAAAGUUUGUUGGUCCACACAAACCAGUGACUCUCCACGCUUCAAUUUGUCUGAAAUAA